GCGGUUGGGGCCGGGUUUCUCUAAACUCUUAACCUUGGUGUCCGGACUGGCGAGAUGGCGGCGGAGGUGUUGCCGAGUGCGAGGUGGCUGUACUGUGGGGAGCCCGACGAGAGCCAGAGAGCAGUACUGGUCCAGUUCUCCAAUGGGAAGCUGCAGAAUCCAGGCAACAUGCGUUUUACUUUGUACAAGAGCAAUGACUCCACAAACCCCAGGAAGAAGAGUCAGCGGAUCCUAGCAGCUGAAACAGACAGACUUUCCUACGUGGGAAACAAUUUUGGGACUGGAGCUCUCAAAUGCAACACUCUGUGCAGGCAUUUUGUGGGAAUUCUGAACAAGACCUCUGGCCGGAUGGAGGUGUAUGAUGCUGAGUUGUUCAACAUGCAGCCCCUGUUUUCAGAUGAAUCAAUUGAGAGUGAAUCGACACAAGAGAGUGAGACCAAAACUUUUAGAGAAAAGAUGGAUUCUUGCAUCGAAGCCUUUGGAACCACCAAACAGAAGCGGGCUUUGAACUCCAGAAGAAUGAACAGAGUUGGCAGUGAAUCUCUGAAUUGUGCCGUAGCUAAAGCUGCAGAGAAUAUUAUUGAUGCAAAGGGUGUGACUGCUCUGGUCAAUGAUGCCAUCCAUGAUGACCUGCAAGAUGACUCCCUCUACCUUCCUCCCUGCUACGCUGAUGCAGCCAAGCCUGAAGACGUGUAUAAAUUUGAAGACCUUCUCUCCACCACAGAGUAUGAAGCUCUUCAGAGCCCAUCGGAAGCUUUCAGGAAUGUCUCAUCAGAGGAAAUACUGAAGAUGAUUGAAGAGAACAGCCACUGCUCCUUUGUCAUAGAAGCGUUGAAGUCUUUGCCAUCAGAUGAGGAGAGCCGAGACCGCCAGGCCCGAUGCAUAUGGUUUCUGGACACACUCAUGAAAUUUCGAGCACAGAAAGUGAUUAAGCGGAAAAGUGCCCUGGGGCCUGGAGUCCCCCACAUCAUCACCACCAAACUACUGAAGCACUUCACCUGCUUGACCUACAACAACGGCAGCCUCCGGAACUUAAUUUCGGAUUCUAUGAAGGCGAAGAUCACUGCAUAUGUAAUCAUACUUGCCUUGCACAUAAGCGACUUCCAGAUUGACCUGACUGUAUUACAGAGAGACUUGAAGCUCAGUGAGAGAAGGAUGAUUGAGAUGGCGAAAGCCCUGAGGCUGCAGAUCUCUAAAAGAAGGGUGUCUCUAGCAGCUGGUGGGGAGGAGAGUCACAAACUGGGCACUCUGUCCAUCCCGCUGCCUCCAGCCCAGACCUCGGGACACCAGUCGAAGCGGAGGAGAAUCACCUAGAAACGUGCUUUCCACAUAGAGCGUUUUGGCCACACACAGCCACUACUUCUGUUCAUUUCCAUUUUUAUUUUUACAGUGAGAAGGAAAAAGAAGCCUUGUUCUGGCGUGGGUAUGAAGCCAGAAGGCAGCAUCUAAAGUUGUGCUGGUCUUCAGCGGAAACAUAAAGUGAUGGCCGUGUUGGACUUGACCUCUCCUCUUUGGUGUUGCUGUGAUUAUGUGGCCGCUGGUUCCUAUGGGAGGGUGGGGCCUGGGGAAGUCAGAGUCUACAGAUCUUACAGGCUGCACCCCAUGGCAGAUCUAAUGGGUAAGUGUUAAUAAAGAGAAACAUGAAGUG